AUGGAAAGAAUGUCACCUCCAAUCGAAAACAAUAAUUCACCUCCAGGCCAUUCGUCAUCAAAGAAGAGAAAUAGUAAAUCUGAUAAUAUUAAUACAGAGGAUACCAAUGGUACUCAACUGGUUAGUAGCUCAAGUCAUUUAUUAUCACCCGAAUUAAAAGAUGAGCCUUUAAUAAAUAGAGAUGGUGAAGCGAAUAGCAAAAAUAAUAUUAAUAAUAGUAAUAACAAUAAUAAUAAUAACACUAAUGGUAAUAGUAAUAACAAUAGUAAUGGUAACAAUAGCAAUAUUAAUAAAAAGAAAGAAAAACAUACACGUUCCAGAUCACGUUCAAGAUCUUUAUCACCAUCUAUAACAAAUGAACCAAGAGAAACUUCACCAAAAAAUUCUAAAAGAUCAUCAUUUAAGAAAUCAGAAAGAACAUCAAGAUCAAAAUCAAGAUCAAAUAGUAGAGGUGGAGGUAAUAGAUAUACAAGUAGAUCAACUUCGAGAGAUAGACCAUAUAGAAAGAGUAGUAGUGAUUCAUUAAGUGGAAGCAAACAUAAGUCAACUCCUACUACUUCACCAACAAAUAAAUCAAGAUCAAGAUCAAGAUCAAAAUCAAAAUCAAAAUCGAAAUCAAGAUCAAGAUCAAGAGAAAGAAGACGUACUAGUAAUAGCGGUAGUAGCAAUGUAUAUAAAGAUAGAAGGAAAUCAAGAUCAAGAUCAAGGUCAACUUCUAGAUCGAGAUCAAGGGAUAGAAAAAGAGAUAGAUAUAGUAGUGGAGGUAGUAGCAGCCACCACCAUCGUAGUAGCUAUGAUGGUGGUAGAAGAACUUCAAAUUCAUCAAUGUCAUCAACUUCAUCAUCAUCUAAAAAAUACAGUAGUAGAAGAUCAAGUAGAAAUAGUAGAUCUAGAUCAAGAAGCAGGUCAAAGAGUAGAGAAAAUAGAAAGCAUAGAAGCUCAUCAAGAGGAAAUAGUAGAGAUAGAUCAAAAAGUAAUUCAAGAAGUAAGAGUAGAUCGAGAAGCAGGUCGAGAAAAAGAGAUCGUAGAUCGAGUAGAAGCAAAAGUAGAUCAAACAGUAGAUCAAACAGAAAGAGAAGAGAUAGAAGUAGAUCGAGAAGUAUUACACCAAAUAAAAAAAGAUCAUCAGGCUGGGAUAAUUUACCAUCAGAUAAAAAAGAUACAAAUAUAGCGCAAGUACCAAUCAUAUAUGGCCAACCACAACAAACACCAAUUAGUUAUCCACAAAGUCAAUUUAUCUCAUCUAUAAUGGUUCCGAAUGUUCACCCAAUUUCAGGUCACCCACAAUAUUCACAUAUAGCACACCAACUUAUACCACAAUUUGUACAUAUACCAUCAACACCAACCCCACCACCCACAUCAACUACAAAUGCACAACAAGAUCAAUGUAGAGUUUAUAUUGGAAAUCUGCACUUUAGUUUAGCAGAGGAUGCCAUUAUACAGGCAUUUUCUCAAUUUGGAACAGUUAAAUCUAUUUUAUUAGGAAAAGACGCAAAUGGAAAAUCAAAAGGUUAUGCAUUUAUCGAAUAUGAAUCACCAGAUUCAGCAACAAAAGCAAUAGAGAGUAUGUCAAAUUAUGUAAUGGCAGGAAGAGUAAUUAAAGUUAAUAGACCUUUAGCUGGUGGACAACAGGGAGUUGGGGCCUCAGUAGUAUUACAGCAACAACAACAGCAACAAUUACAGCAACAGCAACAACAACAACAACAACAACAGCAACAGCAACAGCAACAGCAACAACUACAUCAACAACAACUAGCAAUUUUAAAUUCGCAACUAUCUUCUACAAACAUAAAGAAAUCUUCUUCAUCUUCAGAUAUCCCAAAAUCACCUGCUGAAACCAUUGCACCAGCCGUUAAUGAAGCAAAUAGAAUUUAUAUUGGAUCAAUUAAUUGGAAUGUCACCGAAGAGCAAAUUAGAGGUAUAUUUAGUCAGUUUGGUAAAAUUAUUUCAUGUUUUUUAAUGCAAAAUACAGAAACAGGUAAACAUAAAGGUUAUGGUUUUAUCGAUUUUGAAAAUAAAAAAUCAGCAGAUGAUGCUUUAGCUAUGAACGGUUUUGAAUUAUUAGGUAGGGCAAUGAAGGUUGGUAGACCAACAAAAGGUGCAUCAGCCAAUACAAUCAGUAAUGGCUCAAUUGAUAAAACUUCAUUAGAAGGUGAAGCAAUGCUAACAACCUCUGAUCAAAGAAUUCAACUUACCCAAAAACUAUUAGGAAAUGAAAAUAAAUGUUUAGUUUUAAGAAAUGCAGGUUCACCAGACGAUAUCGAUCCAUCAUUCGAAGAGGAUAUUAGAUCUGGAUGUAAUGAAUUUGGCGAAAUUGAAAAAUUGGUUAUCAAAACUGAUUCAUCAACUGUAAGAGUAUAUAUUGUAUUUAAAGAAGCCCCGUCGUGUGUUGCAUGUCAAUCAAAAUUAAAUGGAAAAUAUUUUAGUUAUCACUGUAUAAAAGCUGAAUUCUAUGACAUUAAUCUUUUUAAUAAAGGAGUAUUUAUGUAA